AUGUCACAGCUCCCUAGUCCUUCCCAGGGCCAUCUGCUCUUUAAAACGUGUUUUUACGUUUGGAACCCUUUCACUUCACUGCUGUUGCUCGGAGAGUAUAUUUCGUUGUUGGACUCUAGUUGUGUGAUGCUAAAAAGGUUUGUACUUGUAAAUGGAAUGAGACUGCUACAGAGUUCCAUAUCCAGGUGGUGGCAUCUUGACUUAGGAAGAUGGUGGUAUUUUAUGCCUGGGAUGCAAGGAAAAGUUUUUCUUUCCAAGAUUUCAUUCACAUCGGGUCUCCUACAUACAAUGAGUACCUGCAGAAUUGCUCCCAGAAUCAUAGCUGAGCCCACCCGAAUGUUGAUGGAUGAGAAGUUCAGGCUGGAAGUUCAUUAUUUACCACCUCAUCGUCCAGUUACAUUACACUCGAGCUUACUGUCAGAACGGCAAGUUACCUGGGAGGCUUUUGCACAGUACAUCAGUGGGCCUGAUGGAGUUGUCAAAGUUGACAGAGAUGAAUCAUUUGGUGGGACAUACUUUGGUCAAGAGCCAAUGGGUCUCAUAUGGAGUAUGAAGCCCCAGGACAAGACAGAUGGAAUGAGGUUAAUGAAGAAAGAUGUUACUACACCAUAUGUGGUACAUAUCUCUGUAUAUGAUGGCCACAUCAGUGGGAAGUUUUCUGAAAACGCAGCUUUGGCAACUAUUCAAGUAGAACGCUGGACCCUUGCUCCAGGGGUUAAACGAGUUGAAGUCAGAGAAAAUGGAAUUGUUGGAACUCUCUUCAUUCCACCAGGACAAGGUCCGUUUCCAGCAGUACUUGACAUAUGGGGAGGUGGUGGCCCCCUGGAGUUACGUGCUGCCCUUCUUGCAUGCCAUGGGUUUGUAUCACUGUCACUGGCAUAUAUUUUUCACAGUGAUCUACCAGGACCAAUGGGAUCAGUCAGCGUUGGAUUUGACUAUUUUGAGAAGGCAUUCAACUUUUUGAAGAGCCACCCACAAGUGUCUAGUGACAGGAUUGCUAUUGCAGGUCUUUCUUUUGGGCUAACUAUUGUUCUUCUCAUGGCUGCUGAGCUCCCAAACAUCAAUCGAUGGAUAUUUUUUUUUUUUUUAAUUUUGCAUAGGAGUGUGGACAAAAUCAGGUAUGCAGAUAAUGGUUCUGUCAUCUGGAGGGAUAUUGUUCUACCAAUCCCAGAAGAUCCAGAGCAGAAAGUAAAGGUUGGAAAGAUAAGGUGUCCAGUGCUGCUGAUUUAUGGAGAUGAUGACCAGUGCUGGCCAGUCACAGAGGCUGCAGAUGAUAUAGAGAAAAUGAUGCAAGAAGCUGGAAAUGCACACCUUUUGACAAGGAUCUGUUAUCCUGGUGCAGGACAUAUUAUUGAGCCGCCAUAUAAUGCAUUUGUACCAGAAUCCAUCUUAGUGUUUCCAAAACUACAAAUGAAAGCAAAACUGCUCUUUGGUGGAAAGACAGAGCCUCAUUCUGCAGCACAAGAAGAUUCCUGGAAAAGGCUCCUGGCAUUCCUGGAGCAGCACCUUAUUUUGGAUGGAAAGCCGCUGAAGAGUCAAUUGUAGAAUGUCUAUAAUCAGCAAGCACUCCUGCAGUCCAGUAUGUUAGCAACAGAUGCAGUUGUCCUACAUUUUGACUUUGGAGUAAGCCUGCUGUUGCAUUGUGCAGUUGUGCACCAGUGACAUUGUCGCCAGUUCCAUAAAUACCUCAGUUGUUGCAUCAUAAAUCUAACAUAUUCUUAUUUCAGGGACAUGAUCUUCGCAGUUUAUGAGCUGUAUAGUUUGAUGUCAGCAGUCAAGCAUGUGAGCAGGUCAGGUAAUGUAGCAGUAUUGAAGUUCAGAUGUGCUGUUAAUUCCAUGCUUGUGAGGAUGUAACCAUUCUCAGUACAUAGAACUAGUAGAUGUUUAAUGGUCCUAUUUCAUUAGCUUCAGGCUGCGAGAUGAGGCUCAGAAAAUAGUUUUUGAAAUAUCACAAAAUAAUACUGUAUUGGAUGAUCAUUGGUAUUGCUUGUCACAUAGUGCUGCUCAUGAAAAUGGGUUACCAGCCUACUGUCACUCAUCUUGAAAAUAGAUAAGAGCCUGCAACCAAAGGAACUAAGAGAUAUCAUAUGAGAAUUUAUCACUGAGACAUUAUAUUAUCUAGGAGUAAGACUGUAUUUACACCUCAUGGAGACCAGCAUAAAGGACAGCAAAUAUGCACACACAUGAAGUCCAUUUUGAGGAGAAGGUUGGUUGUCAGUGGCAAGGUAAAAUCUUAAUGCACAAGUUGAGCAUAUGACUGAACUAGAAGCAAAUUGUUAAGGCAAACAGAAGCCUUUUAGCUAUACACUGAAGAUAAGUUUAUAUAAAAUUCUGUGUUUUAUAAGUCAGUUACUGUACAGCCAAGUGGAGAGUGAUGUUGGAUUUCCUUGUUUACCAUUCACUAAUUCUUAACAUUAUAUCAUUACCACUAGCUCUUG